ACCUGACCUCACUGCUGACGUAGAUCUCAUGUGACCACAAGUCGACGUGUGCAGAAGUCCUGCUAGUCUGGUCCUUGUUCCCGUGUGGGUACCAGCUUCCUUCAGCAGUACCGGCGGCUCUGCCUGAGGCCAGGGAAAGGAGGAAGUUUAUCAGCAUUUUACAGAAAUAAUUGCAUUCAAAGGGGAAUACACAGGAAAAAAGAAAAAAAGAAGAAGGAAGGAAGGAAGAAGGAAAGCAGAUAAAAGAUGAAAUCCUGUCAAAAAAUUGAAGAAAAACCAGAAAAUGAGAAUGAGCCAAAGUUUGAGGAAGAACCAAAGCCUGAGGAAAAGCCAGAGGAGGACAAAGAACCAGAAGAAGAAAAUGCAGAAAAAACUUUUAGAGAAAGGUUGAUUCAAUCUAUCCAGGAAUUUAAAGAAGAUAUACACAACAGGCACUUAAGCAGUGAAGAUAAGUUUAGAGAAGUGGAUGAAAUAGAUGAGAUAAGGAGAGUAAGAAACAAACUUACAGUGAUGCGUUGGAAGGUUAAUCGAAGUCAUCCUUAUCCCUAUUUAAUGUAGUUUAGUUUGAUUUCUGUGUUAUUUGAUAUUAACAUUGACAUAUACCUUUUCAUUAGCAUUUUAUUAAUAUAUCUUUGUCUUUCUACUUUAGCCUGUUAUUUUUAGUGGUUUUAGAUGUAUCUCUUGUUAUCUGCAUCUCAUUGUUUAUUGUAUUUUGAGCCAAUCUACAAGUCUUUAUCUUUUUAAAGUUGUUUAUUAGUACAUGUUUGCAGUACAUAAUGAUUACAUUCAUUGUGGUGAGUUGGUACAUGAACAUAACAUAUCUUAAUUCUCUUUACAUCCCCUUACCAUCCCUCCUCCCUCUCUUUUGUUUUUAGUAUGAAAACCUUACUCUUUUAUAAAAGAAAAAUGUUCCUAAUGUGAUACAAAAUGAAAAAAGAUUACUAAAUUGGUCAGUCAUAUGUUAAUACGGUAUUUUUGAAAGGUAAAGAUACAUUUGUAUGCAACAUAUAUAGAUAUGAAAACUUGUGAAGAAUGAAAGACAAAAUGUACAGUCAUUGAUGGGAAGACAAAAUGUACAGUCUCAGUGGUGAGAUUAUGAAUGAUUUUUCUUCUGUUUGUAUUUUCCACAUUCUUAAAAUGAACACACAUUAUUGCUGUUAAAAUAAUAAAUGUUUUAUAACUAAAAAAGGAGCAACCAACAGUACUUAGCAGCUUAUUUCUGAAAGUACUGGAGCACUUAUUACUUAAUAUUAUAAGCAAAUGUAAAAUUCAAAGUGCCACCAAACCAUUUAGCUAGACUGAAUUUUACAUCUCUUCUCGUCUGUAAAAUAAGCAUCAUAAUCUCACAGAAAUAUCAUGGAGGUCAAAUAAAUGAUUGAGAGCUA